ACUGCCCCUGCCUGGCCGGCCCCAUGGGCUCCGCGUCCUUCUCGAAGAGGGCUCAGGCCCUGCUCCGCGUCCGGAACCAGCUCCUGCGGGAGUGCCUGGCCGAGCUGCUGGCCGUCUUCGUGCUCAUCCUGAUCACGCUGAGCGGCUCGGCGCAGAUGGUCACCAGCUCCGGGACCAAGGGGAACAUCCUCACUGCCUACCUGGCGGGUGCCCUGGCCGUCAUGGUGGCCAUCCACACGGCGGGGGGAGUCUCUGGGGCUCACCUGAACCCGGCUUUCUCCCUCUGCAUGUGCCUGCUGGGGCAGCUCCCGCUGUGGAAAUUUCCCAUUUUCGUGGCCGUGCAGACCUUGGGAUCUUUCAUCGCUGCCGGAGCUGUCUACGCCCUGUACUAUGACGCCAUCCAGUUCUACAGCAACGGGACCCUCGCCGCCUCCGGCCCCCUGGAGACCGCCUCCAUCUUCGCCACGUACCCCGCCGAGUACCUCUCCCUCUCCAACGGCUUCUUGGACCAGGUGAUGGGCACGGCGCUGCUGAUCGUGGGCAUCCUGGCCAUCACCGACGGCCGCAACAAGCGCGUCCCCGAGGGCCUGGAGCCGGUGGCCGUGGCCCUGCUGGUUUUCUCCAUCGAGGUCUCCAUGGGCUCCAACUGCGGCUGCCCCAUGAACCCCGCGCGGGAUUUCGGGCCCCGGCUCUUCACCUACGUGGCGGGCUGGGGCGCGGAGGUCUUCAGCAGGGACAAUGCCUGGUGGUGGGUGCCGGUGGUGGCCCCGCUGCUGGGGGCGGCCGUGGGCACGGCGCUGUACCAGCUCCUCGUGGCCCUCCACCACCCGGCGGAGGACGGCGGCGGGGCCCGGGGGGGCAAACGGGACGAUGGCAGCAGCACCGCCAUCCCCCUGGGAGCUGGGCCCUGGGACAAGUGACAGCGGCCACAAUAAAGGAGCCCCGAGGCGGG